AUGGAAAGACAGGAACUUCUUAUUGAGGUAAAGAAGAAUAACAACACCAGGGUGAUUCAAGAGAAAAUGGCCAAAACAUUCUCGAUUCGAAGACUUGAGAUUGUGAGUGAAAGUCCAGCUGUUGAGGACUUCAGAGACAGAUGGCCUGCUUUGUUUUGUGAAGAUGGGAUCAAGGAGGAAUUCAGGAGAAUAACCACAUUGUCCCUGGAGCAGAGCUUCAUGUACAAACUUGACCACUACACACCCAAACUUAUCACCCUGAUGAAGGCCAAGGGAGGUGUUUUGGGGACCGCGCUGAGACCGUUUUUGUACAGACUAAGUCAGAACCAAAGCAUUGAGGAAAGACGAGACACAAUCAUACGGAGCCUCAUUGUUUACCUCGGUGAAAAAGUGGAGGACCUUUUCGAAGAUUGCCAGGAGGACUGCCGCAGUGAGGCCAGGAAACAUGGUCAUGGUGCACAAGGACAGAACCAGUAUGAGUUCAGGCUGGAGCUUUUACACCCUGUGAAGCCAGAGGUGAAGCAGCGGUCCACACAGCGGCAGGUGAACCUCACUGUGCAGAAGGACCAGAGUCUAUGGUGGGGCCGGCUCACUGCUCAGGAGCGCAGACCGGUCUUCCUCGCUCCAGACUUCGACCGCUGGCUGGAGGAGUCUGACGCCGAGAUGGAGAUCCAAGAAAAAGAGAGGCGGGAAAAAAAGGCACCGAGACGAGAAAACAAUUUUCUGUCGACGUUUAAAACCGGAUUUCUCCUGCUCUACAAUCUUGUGCAGUUUCUUGGCUUUUCAUGGAUAUUUUUCAACAUGAUUUUGCGUGUGUUGCUAAUCGGACACGAUUCUUUGUACGACACGUUCCACUCGAUGGGGGACGUGAUGUUCUUCUGUCAGAUCCUGGCCUCGGUGGAGGUCCUGAACGCGGCGUUUGGCGUGGUUAAAGCCGGUGUGGGCCCCGCCUUCGUUCAGGUGGUUGGAAGGAACUUUGUCCUCUUUGUCAUUUUUGGCAGCUUAGAGGAAAUGCAAAACAAGCCAGUUGUGUUCUUUGUCUUUCUGCUGUGGAGCGCGAUCGAGAUCUUCAGGUACCCCUUCUACAUGCUGGCCUCUCUCCACAUCGACUGGAAGCCUCUGAGCUGGCUGCGAUACUCCGUCUGGAUCCCUCUCUAUCCUUUAGGAGUCCUGGCAGAAGCGGUGGCAGUGGUUCAGUCCAUCCCCAUCUUUGAUCAAACCAAACUCUUCAGUUUUCCGUUGCCCAAAGCCGUCGGUUCUUCCCUGAGCUUUUCCGUCUUUCUGCGCGUUUAUCUGAUCCUCAUGUGUUUCGGUCUGUACAGUAAUUUUAAGCACUUAUACAAGCAGAGGACGAAGCGCUUUAGUGCCAAAAAGCGGAAAACACAUUGA